AUGCUUCUCAUCAACUGGUGUUUUGUCUAGGAUACUGUCAGCACGUGGUAGUUGAUGUUGUGUUAACUAGCAGGGGUAGUUUACUAGCUGUUCCUGGUUAGGGUUAGACACUUCUACUGCUCAAUGGCUUUUUUUUUUUUUUCUUUGGGGGUAUUUGUACUCCUGUCUAUAUGGCCUCGUGUAAGAUGUUCUGACUAUCCAAAAGGGGCCAUUGAGACUGCAUGUCGGGAUCGAUACCUGUUGGUAACAACCCAACUCUCAUUCGCUGGGAACGAACCUCGCUUUGAAGCGGUUGAUGCUGAUGGUGUUCACCCCAUCACUAAGCAGUAUGGGUCAGAGUGUGGCUACAUGUUCAGUAUCCUCCCUCUGUCUGGCCAUGCUGAGCUCAGAGCUUCCUACUUCUCCUGCCACACUGACAACCAGGACGAUGAGGUGUUCACUUUUAUCUUUAACUUGAUCACUGCUGCGAGUGGAGUGGAAACCACCUACACUGUGACUGCAACCUGCUCCCUCCCUCUACCCUGGUCACCCAGAGAAGUCAGCUGUGAGGAGAACUAUAUGGAGGUGUCAAUGAGGAGUGACGUGUCCUGUCUAUAUGGUACAACAACGGAUGCCUGGACUGCUGCCCUUGCUACAGCCCACAGCUCUGCCACGUCUACCUGGCAGGUGAUGUUCCAGCAGGAGGGGCAGCAGCUGAUUCCCAUGUCCUUCUCAGAGGCUCGGGAGCUGGGCUACGUGUUCCACCUCACCCAGGGCAGGCUGGUGUUCCGCUCACCCUACACACCACGGUCUGUCAUGGGGUCUGUCUCCAUGGUGAAUGGUUCAUUGGUGGAGGUGGUCCAUCCCAUACUGUUCUCCAGGCAGAGAUGGGUGGUUAUGAUGGUGGACUGGAUUGUUGCGUGCAGCACUAAUGAAGGGUUGUAUGAUGGGGUGCAGCUGGUCUGGCAGACUCCCACUCUUCUGUCCCCACUGGUCUCUGGCCUCUCUGGGAUGGAGAGCAGCAAGAUCACAAUGGGGGUGGAUGGUCAGCUCCUCGAUGACUCCAUUACAGAAGAGCGAGGCUACAGCCUGGACAUCAGUGACACCACCGUCCAGAUCAGCAUCCCCUUCAACGCUGCCGGAGGAUACAGAAAAAGCUUUGUGAUGGACAACAUGUACCAUGAGUUCUAUGUGGUCCGUCUCUACUAUGAACAAAUCUUUCUUGAUGACUGUGGUGUGGAGACCAGACUCUGCCUCCACAGGCCCAUGAACACAUCACUUCUGAUCCAGCACCUCUCCAUCAUUAACCAAACAGUCCUUGAGGAUCGUGUGUUUACGGUGUACCUGGGAAACCUCUCCUAUGAUGUUGACCUGGUGGCUGUGAAGCUCAAUGGCCACAACUUCACCAUACUAGAGGCGAAUAAAAGUGGCCUCGUCAUAACCAUGGUCCCCCAGCCUGAUAAUACCCUACAUGCCUACAUUCUCAGGGUGCCAUUUGAGGAUGCUGUUGUUCACAAGCUGUACUCUACCGAGGGGCUUCUUCAGUUCUCAUUGGACAUCAACUACACUUUGGUCAUCCUGCCUCAAGAGGAGCCCUACUACUACCUGGCCUCAGUUGUGGCUCAGUUCAAUGACGUCUUUCCUCCGGUCUUCAAUGGUGUCUGCAAUGAGAAAAGCAUCAGUUUCCAGAUGGACCAUAAGCCGUUUGAUUACCUGUGGGAGGUGGGUGUUGGCCGUUACCUUCUGACCCCAAAUCUGGCAGCCAAGUGGGGCUACAUCAUGCAGAAUGACAGCAAGAGUCUGACCCUGGAAGUGCCCCUCUUCUCUGUUGGCUACACUUAUAAGGACAUCAAUUUGAAGCAGUUCUACGGCUCUUUUGAAAUUCACUCAAGACUUCCCAAGACCUUUGAGGUGACGAGUUCCUUGGCCAAAGCUUGUCUCUUCCAGACUACUGAGGUCAUAGUGUGUUCCACUGAAGGGGUGGUGACAGUGGUUACUGAUGUGGCUCUGGCCAUCCCUGGAGCUGAACCCAACAGAACCUUCCUCCUGGACUCCACCUGCAGGCCUCAAGAGACAGAUGACACCAGGGUUCUCUUUAGCUUUGGACUCCACACCUGUGGUACCAGGGUCCAGGUUGACCAUCAGCAUGUUACCUACGAAAAUGAGAUCAAUGUUGAGCACACGAUCCAAUCUGCGACAGAACCAUUCAAAACCAGGGAUACUGCCUCUGUGGUGACAGUGCGGUGUGUCUAUCCACUGAGUGACUUAUACAAGCUGUUUGCAUAUUGGAGGUUUGACGCAGACUCUCCAGGAGUUGGCACCAUCUUGACUAGAGUUCCUGUAAAAAUAUUUCAGCCCACCUUUCCACCCACUACCCUAACCACCACCAGAAGACCAUUGACGUCCACAACUACUUCCAACACAGGCCUGAGUCCUGGGAGGGAAAUGCCUGGCAUCCACCCUAGGGCUAAAUAUGUCAAAGUCUUCAGCUGGCAAAUGAACCAACCUAAAGGAACCACUUAGGCCCAGACCCCAGUCACCUUCCAUACAAUG